AGGAAUUGGUCCGAAUUGAAUUAGUUUCCAUUUCUCGGCCCGUUUGGAUGUCCAUAGAAUUCAAUUCACCAUUUCGGCCCAUUUUCUAUCCCUGAAAUUUUAGCCUAUGCACGUUUCAGACCCUCACCCUUCGGAAAGGGUUAGAAAGUUUGCUAGGUUUCAGCCUCUCGCACUGCUUGUGCCUCGUGCCGCUAUUCGUGUUUGUGGUGGUCGCCGUCAGCGCGACACUUCCUGGCCGGCAGGUGAUCAUACUCGACGAUCUGCACACCACCUGCGCACAGGUGACCCCCACACACCACUGAAAUUUCCUAUCCCUGAAAUUUCCUGGCUGGAAGGUGACCCCACACACCACGGCGGCGACGGCAUCGACCACUGAAAGUUGGUUGAGGGACUAUUCCUGGCCGACGACGGCAUCGACGACGACGAGAUUCAUUUGCAGGAGUGUUAAAACAGCUCGUUGUUUUGGGAUUUGCCGCCUCAAGUUUCAUCUAGCUACCUCCAACAAACCCUUUAAUCUCCAUGGCUACAUCGGACAAGAAAACAAGGGGCUAUGUUCCUUGGAAUGAUGAGAUGGAUAAGGUACUCCUUGAUACAUUUGUGGACUAUUACAAUAAAGGUGAUAGCUGUCAGAAUGGGUGGAAGUCUCAUGUAUACAUAGCUGCUGUGAAGAAUGUUUGUGAGAAGUGUAAUGUCACCAUUACAAAGGAAAAUAUUAGCUCUCGCAGCAAGACCUUUGAUAAGCACUACAAUAUCAUUAAUGGUUUGGUGUCCACUAGUGGUUUUGGAUGGGAUUGGGAGAAGAACAAGCUCAAAGUUUAUAGUGACACUAUAUGGGAUGAGUACGUUGAGAGGAAUAAGGAAGCAAAAGGAUAUAGACAUAAGGUUGUGAAGUUUUGGGAUCUACUCAGCCUAGUGUACAAUAAAGACCAAGCAAAUGGAGAGGGUGCUAAAAUAGCAGCUAAAAGUUCAAAGGAAAUGGCAAAAGAUAAUGAUACCGUAUGCAAGGAUGCUUCAUAUUCUGUAUCUUCCUCGAGUAGUCUAAAAAGACAAAGAUCAGAUGAUUCAUUUAACUCUAUGUGGUGUGAUAAGUUUGACAUGCUUACAUCUGCAUUGAAAGAUGAUGGUCCAAAGCUACCGUCUUCCGUCGAAGUUCUCACCGCAUUACAAGAGGUUGAGGGACUUGAUGAAGACACAGAACUUGAGCUUUAUGACAUCCUCACCUCUAAUGCACGCAAGUUUGAGUCGAUGAUGGCACUCCCAAUGGAAAGGAGGAAGAGGUGGAUUAUGAUGUAGCUAAGGAAGUGAAACAACUUAUAUGUGAACUUAGAUCUCUGUGUUGAACUGAUUGUGUGAACUUGUCUUUGUGAAACUUUUGUGUGCGAACUUGAUGGCUAUGUGAAACUGUUGUGUGCGAACUUGAUGGCUUUAUGAAACUGCUAUGUGAAGAUUUGAUGUCUUUGUAGAA